UGUCCCAUCACCUUGAGGAGGGCAGCAGCCUCCGAGUCAAACUCGAACUGAUCUCCUGUCCAGCUUGCAAGAGGAGGAAGUCGAUGCACGGAGGAGGAGCACUCGCGGUGGUCGGCGCCGUCCCCGGCUACAGCAGCGAGAUCACCUUCACGGUGGUGAUGAGCUGCCUCAUGGCGGCCUCCGGCGGGCUCAUCUUCGGAUACGACAUCAGUAUCACAGGUGGAUUGACGCAGAUGGAGUCGUUCCUCCAGGCCUUCUUCCCCGACAUCCUUGAGAAGAUGAACAACGCGCAGCAGGACGAGUACUGCAUCUUCGACAGCCAGGUGCUCACCACCUUCGUCUCCUCGCUCUACCUCGCCGGCGUGUUUGCCUGCCUCGUCGCCGGCCACGUCACCAGGAAGGUAGGCCGGAGGAACUCAAUGCUCAUCGGCGCCUCGCUCUUCUUCGUCGGCGCCGUCCUCAACUGCGCCGCCGUCAACAUCUACAUGCUCGUCAUCGGCCGCAUCCUCCUUGGCUUCGCCGUCGGAUUCACCAACCAGUCCGCGCCGGUGUACCUGGCGGAGAUCGCGCCGGCGCGGUGGCGUGGGGCGUUCACGAGCAUCUUCCACUUCUUCCUCAACAUUGGCAUGUUCCUGGCCGACCUGGUCAACUACCGCGCCAACAGCAUCCCGGUCUGGGGCUGGCGCCUGUCCCUGGGCGUCGGCAUCGUCCCGGCCAUCAUCAUCCUGAUCGGCGCGGCCUUCAUCCCGGACUCGCCCAACAGCCUGGUGCUGCGCGGGAAGGUGGACGAGGCCCGCGCCUCGCUGCGGUGCAUCCGCGGGCCGUCCGCCGACGUGGACGUGGAGCUCAAGGACAUCAUGCAUGCCGCGGAGGAGGACAGCCGGUACGAAACAGGCGCGUUCCGGCGCAUCGUCCGGCGCGAGUACCGCCCGCACCUCGUCAUGGCCGUCGCCAUCCCGGUGUUCUUCGAGCUGACGGGCAUGAUCGUGGUGACCAUCUUCACGCCGCUCCUCUUCUACACCGUCGGGUUCACGAGCCAGAAGGCCAUCCUGGGCUCCAUCAUCACCGACGUUGUCAGCCUGGCCUCCAUCGCCGUCGCCGCGAUGGCCGUCGACCGGUAUGGCCGCCGCUCCCUCUUCAUGCUGGGCGGCGGCAUCCUUCUCGUGUGCCUGGUGGGCAUGGCGUGGAUCUUCGGCGCGCAGCUGGGCGCCAACGGCGGGAAGGCGAUGCCGCGGUCCUACGCAGUGGCGGUGGUGGCGCUGGUGUGCCUGUUCACGGCGGGCUUCGGCGUGUCGUGGGGCCCGCUCAAGUGGAUCAUCCCGAGCGAGAUCUUCCCGCUGGAGGUGAGGUCGGCGGGGCAGGGGAUGAGCGAGUCCAUCUCGCUCCUGCUCACCUUCGUGCAGACGCAGUCCUUCCUCGCGAUGCUCUGCAGCUUCAAGUACGGCGCCUUCGCUUACAACGCCGGGUGGGUUCUGCUCAUGACGGCGUUCGUUGCCUUCUUCCUGCCGGAGACCAAGGGCGUGCCCAUCGAGUCCAUGGGCACAGUGUGGGCGCGCCACUGGUACUGGAAGCGCUUCGUCAAGCCGGCGCCUGCACCCGUCAAACAGACAGAUGGGCCGGUUUGAUUUGGGCAUUUGGCGCGGUGGUAAUACUGGGCCGGUUUGUGUGUGUAUCGGCUAAGCAUGGGACCCAAACCCCUUAUGCCGUUUGUGACAAGAUAUAUACUCCGUGUUGGUUAGGUUAGAAUAUUUCAACCUCUCAAAAAAUAGGUUCCUUUAUAAGAAAUGUACUCUCGAUUGGAAGAUAGAUAUUAG